AUGUUACAAAGGAAACUCCGGCAGCCGGUUGCUCUUAUCUGCAUACUGCUAGUUAUUCUUGGACUCUACUACAGGUAGUGAUGACCUAAAUUUGGCUGAGCUGAAAAUUUUAGCAAUAUCCGGUGGUCAGGCCGAACUCAGUCUAGCGAUCCGCGGCUGCAUACAAGGUUGGUAGGAAACAGUGAUAAUUGAAAUGAAGAGUUUCAGCUUUGUGAAGACGCAUAAAGGCUCUUUUUCUUACGCAGAGUUGGAGGAGGCCGUGUUUAGACCGCUGGGCUACCGUAUUCGCGAAGCGCGUCCCGUCAUCCCUUCUCUUGAAUUUGUUUCGGAGCCUACGUGUCACCAAGUAUUCGUUUUUCUUUCUGCGGUAUCUCAGUGAACGGGUCAGGCAUUCAACGAAUAUGUGGAGACUUCGAAAAACGACACUAACGGAAUUCCGCCGGCGCGCAUCCCCGAUAAAUUGCUCUCUUCUUUCGAUCUCAACGGCUACUCCUUCAUUUCUUAUGUUAGUUUUUCCAUGGAAGAGAAAAUUUAAAAAAAAAAGAGAAAUUUGAAAAGCUUUUUUUUCCUAAAGGAUUUUUUUUCUCAAAAUAUUAACUUACAGUUUUUUGGCUGUGGUUAAAUAUUAAUGUAAGAUUCUUGAAAAUUAGAAAAAAAUGGUUAUUUUUUUCUUAACUACAGACUCUUUCUCAAUUUUCUUUUGACCAAAGCUGGGCCGAGGGUGAUGGCUGAAUCGGAAAAAAAAAAGUUGGCUGGCAAAGUUUGCUAAAUAAUACAUUUUCGAUCACUCGCUCUCCUCAUUUACACGCUCUGUGAAAAUUUCGAGACAAAAAGGUUCGAAAAGGAGCAAAUUUUCGACCUCUUCGCGACCGCGUUGCAACACUGUGGUUAACCCGGCCGGCCUAGAUCACAGCUCUGACUUGAACGAAAAAACUUCAUGUCAGUGUUCAGAGAUACAGCAAUGACAAAUCCGCGGGAGGACCCAUCAUGUGGUCGGAUAUGAAAAGUUGGCUGGCAAAGUCGGACCGCGACCUUGAAUAUGCUGGCUACAGCGGGUUUUCGGGUAUUCUUCCGUUUUAAUCCGAAAAAGCAUAGAUUCGUAGCCUCGCUCAACUCGGCGAUGUCGCACUUCGGCGUCGCCAGCAAGACUGGCCUCAUCGUAGGUUCGCUCUCGCCAUGGGCCGAGACUAUGGCUCUGAAGCUUGGCGCCAAGAAGGUUCAGUCGUCCUGAAGAUGCUCUAACAGUUUUCAAUGAAGGUUGUCACGGUAGAAUACUCCAAGAUCUCCAUCGAUGAGACAAUGAGGGAAAGAAUGGAAGCUGUGCUCGCACCGACUCUGGCUGAAAACUGGCAGAAGUGGGUCCUCUUUCUUCUAACUUUUCUAUUUUGGCUUACAGGUACGCAGGACAGUUUGAUUUUGCCGCGUCGUUUUCCUCUAUCGAGCACUCAGGAUUGGGUCGUUUCGGCGAUCCUUUAGAUCCCAUCGGCGACUUCCGCGAAAUGACCAAAGUCCGCUGUCUGCUCAAGCCUGGAGGUUAGUUCUGGCCCUCCGGAAAACCCAAUAACGACCGAUCACAGGUCUCUUCUACUUUGCCGUGCCUUACGGCCUCGACGGCAUCGUUUUCAAUCUGCACCGCAUCUACGGCCCAGUUCGAUUAGCCUUCAUGUUUGCAGGUGCUUCUCCGGAUCGUUUGCGCAGGUUUCUCAUUAGAAACGCUUCUUCAGGUUUUGAAUGGGUGACGACAUUCGUGAAGGAGUCCAAGCUGCCGGUGAACCUUACUGCGGCCGAUUUUGACCUCCCGCAUCCAAACGAAAUUCAGAAAACUAUUGUUUUAAGAAAAAUUUAG